AUGGGCUGGCCAUUCUUCGGGGAGACUCUGCACUGGCUGCUCCAGGGCUCCCGCUUCCACAGCUCUCGGCGGGAGAGGUACGGAAACGUCUUCAAGACCCACCUCCUGGGCCGGCCGGUGGUGCGGGUGACAGGCGCUGAGAACAUCCGCAAGAUCCUGCUGGGUGAACACACGCUGGUCAGCACGCAGUGGCCCCAAAGCACCCAGAUCAUCCUGGGCUCCCAUACUCUGCUCAGCUCCACCGGUGACCUGCACCGCCAGCGCCGCAAGGUGAGCCUCACAGCCACCCCCACAGGGCACAGCCCAGGCGGCACCUCCGGCCCAGGCCUGGGCCUCGGUGCCAGGUGUGCUCCCCCUGCUUUAACCACCUGCCUCUCUUCCCCCCUUCUCCUCCCAGAUCCUGGCCAGAGUCUUCAGCCGUGCCGCCCUGGAGAGCUACUUGCCGCGGAUCCAGAAGCUCGGAUUCUGCUGGGGCUCCGCCUGGAGGAAAAGCAGUUCAAGGAUCUGGCCAAAACUUUUGAACAGCUGGUGGAGAACCUCUUCUCCCUGCCCCUCAACAUACCCUUCAGUGGGCUGCGCAAGGGAAUCAAAGCACGGGACAUGCUCCAUAAGUUUAUGGAGAAGGCUAUACAGGAAAAACUGCAGAGAAACAACCCCGAAGAUGACAGCGAUGCUCUGGAUUUCAUAAUGAACAGUGCCAAGGAGCACGGCAAAGAAUUCACCAUGCAGGAGCUAAAGGAAUCAGCAAUUGAGCUCAUAUUUGCUGCUUUUUUCACCACGGCUAGUGCUAGCACCUCUCUGAUCCUCCUGCUAUUGAAGCACCCCUCAGUGAUUGAAAAAAUAAGGCAGGAGCUGAUGUCCCAUGAGUUGUACCAGCAGAGUCAGUGCUGCCCUGUAGGACCCUGCCUGGACACCCUGACCAUCCAGAGCAGGGACAGAGAGAAACCACUUUCCCACUCCAUGGCCAAAGACCUUCACAAGGACCAGAGCCAGCCCCCAGCCCCAGUGGAGGAAGAUUCCCUCCAGCCCAGUGCCCUGCUGGAGCCAUCUGUCCCCCGGAGCAAGCCCUGCACUGGCCCCCAGCUCCUGGCACCAGCAGGGCAAAGCUGUCACUGCACCUCAGACAUCAGCCUGGAGAAGCUGAGCCGCCUGCGCUACCUGGACUGUGUGAUCAAGGAGGUGCUGCGGGUGCUGCCCCCAGUCUCCGGAGGCUACAGGACGGCACUGCAGACUUUUGAGCUCGAUGGCUACCAGAUCCCCAAAGGCUGGAGCGUCAUGUACAGCAUCCGUGACACACACGAGACCGCUGCUGUCUACCAGAGCGCCCCCAGCAGCUUUGACCCAGACCGCUUCGGGGCCGGCCGGCCGGAGGCUGCAGGCCGCUUCCACUACAUCCCCUUCGGGGGAGGGGCACGGAGCUGCAUCGGGAAGGAGCUGGCACAGGCCAUCCUCAAGCUGCUGGCCAUUGAGCUGGUCAGCACGGCCCGCUGGGAGCUGGCCACCCCUGGCUACCCCACCAUGCAGACCGUGCCCAUCGUGCACCCUGUCGAUGAUGGGCUGCAGCUCUACUUCCACCCCUUGCAGUCCAGCCAAGGCCACGAGGCCUGA